CUGGACAGUAAAACUGACACUUAGUAGCUGCAAUGGCCCCUUCUACAAUGGAGAAACAAAUGCAUGGGGGCACAGGGACCCCAGCCUCCUAUCAGUACAGUGUGAAGGUCAAACUGAAGGAGUCAGGGGAGAGAUUUACAGUGUCCAGGUGUAAUCAUCACAUGGAGUUUGCAGAAUUGAAGGACAGAUUGGAGUUGGUGGCAGGGAUCCCAGUCCAUUCACAGAGGCUGUCCUACAUCGAUGAAGGUACAGACACAAUUCUGAAAACAUAAAUCAACUGCUAAGGGCUUAGAGCAAAGCAAGGUCCAUAUUCAUUUACCCCUCCAUCAUUAGUUAGCUCACAGUUAAGUAAAUAAACCCCUUGGAUAGUUGGCUAUUAUUUAUACUCAAAUAUUAUGGUUAAAUUUGAUACUUUUUGAAGUUUAGAUUAUCACUUCACCGUUGCUGAAUAUUUAGUAAAUCCCACCAAGAUUAGACAGACAGAUAAAUUGAUAGAUAUAUAUGCAGUGCUUUCCAAUACAGCUCUAUCAUGUUAUAUAUUUAGUAAUGAAUCUGUCCUAUCUCCACUAUUUUGAUGUAAGCAGUAGUUUUGGUGGUAGUAAUAUUUAUUCAUUUAUUAACUUUUAAAUUGUUUUUUUUUAUUUUUGGUCUAGUGCUAUAUACAUAUAACAUAAGAUAGUUCAAAAUAGGUUAAAGGAGUCAAUAACUAUUUUUAUUAAUGAACCAAUUUCAGUGAUAUUACAUACAAUGAAUGAGCUACAUUUGCUGCCUCGCAAAGUCGGGAUCUUUAAAUCGCAUUGUUCAUAACAUUAAUGUUUGAGGCUCUAGCGCUCGAAUUUCUACCCGAUAACCUCCUGCUUGGUGACCCCGCACCAGACGGUGCAUUUGGUAGGGUGCUACCGGCGCUGAUGAAUUAUGUACCCCAGAAACAACAGUUUUGCUUAUUGACAAAGUCAUAUGAACAAAAAUGAGCUUUGCCAGACACAAUGAGUUGAUGAAUAAAUUCAUUGUUUUCUCUGGCUAAUUCGUUGAUCCUUUGUAAAAUUACCCAUAAUGAAACUCCCAAGACUCAGGUAUAAUAUAUACCUGCAACAAAAGUAUUGAACUUCUAAUAAGUUAUCUGUCAGUUCCUACUCUGAGUUUUGGCCAACUCUGUAUAAACAUAUUUUAAAAAACUUUUAUAUGUACUAGUAACUUAAAAAAAAAAUUUAAAAAAAAUUUAAAGCCUAUGAUUCCCUUUAUAGUCAUAUUCGAUUUAAAAGCCACAGUCUAGAACCUAACCCGCUGUAUUAGCGAGGUGCGCCUGUAUUUUGGUCACGUCUCUUCCAAAGUAAUUAAAUGCCCGGGUGGAGAUCCCGCAAACAGAGGUGGAAAGCACUCAAGGUUCUGAAAAUAAGAAAGCAGAUUUAUUCACCUGAAGCAGAAAUGUACUUUAGCUAAUAUAGGGUUAAUACGUUAGUUAAAUGGAACAGUUUGCUAUUUAAACCCUUUGGCAUUCCCCUCCACUGUUUGAUGAGUAAAUAUGCAAUUUUUGAUGUUUUUUUUCCCCCUGAAUGAUUUUACCAUUCCAUCUGCGCUCUAGAGUGAUCUAUAAACCACUCAAACGUCUCUCUUAAUGACAUUGUCUUCAGUCUCUAUAGACAAAUAGAUAGUAUACCUUUUAAAUAAAUUGCUGACUUUCAUUUUAGGGGAUAUUCCUGAUACGUCUACAUUUAAAAGUAGUGGAAUUAUUCCGGGAGGAACUAUCUCUCUCAGCGUUUGGCACCAUGAUGGGUGGAGCGAUAUUGUGAAAGCAGCGACAAAAGGAGAUUUGCCACAGGUAAUCUUAUAGGUGCCAACAGCCCUGAUUUUGCCAGGACAGUCCUAUAUUUUGUUGUAUUGUUUCUGCAAAAACGGGUUCUGGAAACGUGACCCGCGUUCAGAAAUCUGUCCUGAAGUUUAAACUUUUGGGCAGAUUUUAUGAUGCAGGAGGAGACAAUGCACUAGGACUAUACACAGAGCUAGUCAGCUGUGCUCCAUGCACAGUCUGCCUUGAGGGGGUAGGCUGUCAGAUAGAAAACGGAAGCUUCACCCAUUGUGACUGCUGUUUUAACUUGUUUCCAUGGUGAUUUCCCCACUUGUAGUGCUUUGUAUAACUUUUCUCCCCCAUAAUGUUUAAUGUUUGUUGGUCAACAGAGGGACUCCUCCUAUCUCUGUAUUUUCUCCUCCUGUCUCUGGAGAUGAGAUUUCAUCCAUAAUAUACAAGAAUCCUUACAGCUAAUAUAAUUGAGCACACAUCCUUAAAGGAGCACUCAAAGCAUAAUACACUGCAACUCACUGUUGUGGUGAUGGUGCCAGGAGUGCCAUGGCGCCACCCUCUAGUUUAAAGGGACACUAUAGGCACCCAGACCACUUCAGCUUAUUGAAGUGGUGUGGGAACAGUGUCCCUGUUGCACUUAGUGCUGCAAUGUAAAACAUUGCAUUUAGAGUUACAGAAAACUGCAAUUUUUACAUUGCAGCACUAAGUAUGCCUUCAGGGUCUGUCCUUCAGCACUAAAUCUGCCUCCAGGGUCUGUCCUUCAGCACUAAAUCUGCCUCCAAGGUCUGCGACCCACAGCCAAGUGACAUCGGCAUUGAGAUCAGGUAAGUAACUAAAGGGUUUUUAACCCUUUAAUCACUGGGAUGGAGGGGGGCUAGAAGGAGCUAUAGUACCAGGAAUACAGCUUUGUAUGCACUAUAGUAUCCCUUUAAGAAGUCAAACUGCUUUUGUCUCCACCAGGUACUGGAAGAGGAGAGAGGCUCAGAGUGAUCAGCUGACAUUCUCAGCCAAUGAGUGGGUGGCUGUGAUUGGCUGAUACUGUCACCUGACCGCUUUUAGCCUCUCACAGUUCCCAUACAGAUAUGAAAUCAGUAUGGCUACAAGGAAGUGUGUAAUAUCUGCAGUGGAGGUGGAGCUAUGGGAAGCCAGGGACCCUCAUUCCAUUUUAAACCGCUUGAAAAUGGUUUUGCCAGGGGACUUCAGGCACUUUAACCAAUUCAAUGAGAUAACAUGUUUAUAGUGCCUACAGUGUUCCUUUAAGAUAGCAACAAUACAUUUUCUAAUGUUAUCUCAAAACAAAGGCAUCAAAACAUCUCUAUGAGAAGCUCUCACGUUUGCUUUGUGCUGGGGCGCAAAUAAACCAGGUUCUGAUUGACAGUUGAGAGGAAGCCACCGAGAGGGAACCCUCCGUUAUUGCUUUAGGGGUGUGUAACGGACCACCUUCCUUUAAUGGACGCUUCCUAGCUUGCGCCGAGGACCACAAGCACCGCACUGGACACCACAACCACCGCAGACUCCACAACCGCCGUAGCUUAACUGGAGCCUCGUCGUCUUCCGUCCACCCUGGAUCAGCUUCUGUCCUCCAGUACCAUGUGGGGAAGACCUCUCCUCCAGGAGAGCGUAUCAGGAACAAGCUCUUAAAAGAGCUAAAUGAUUAAAAGCUCAGGGGAGUAUGCAGAGCGUAGCAGCUCCCUCCAAUAACGAGACAAGGCUACAUAUUGAGGGUCAAACAGGAUCUGAGGUUUAAUGACACACACUCUGCUUUUAUGCAAUUCUCCCCUGCGAGGGAAACGCCCACGGACAAUUAUACAAUACCCAAUCACACAAUGGUUACAUCCCACACAUCUCCUCCCCUUAGCCUGAGAGGUAGCCCAAUUAUCCAUACCUUUUUAAAACAUACUUUUUACCCAACUUUCAUAACUCUAAAGCCAUACAUCCAAUAUUAAUUAAAAAACAUAUUAUUAAUCAGCACAUUCGAAAUACAAACAUACCCAAAAAUCAUUUGAAUCCGUUCAGCCGUUUGGGAGAUACAUAUAAGUCACUUUUGACCGACCGCAGGCACAUUUUCAUGCCCAAAACAGUUCCAUGGAUUUGGGCUGUGCGGUGGGUCUAUUUUACACUGAGAAAAUGACUAAGUCCCAUUCGAACAAGCGUUCGAAUCUUCGAAUGGAACUUAGUCUCCAGCCGCAGUGUCGAAGUAGAGUAGAAUGUACGGGUCAGCGGUGUUUGUGCAAUUGGGUAGCCGAAAACAGUUCUAUAGAUUUGGCUGCACAUACCGCUGACCGCGUUCGAAUGAGUUAAAAUGGCCGCAGCCACGUGUUCGGUAUUCGAAUGGCGACGACUUUGACACUUCGACACUUACUUCGACACUUACUACGACACUUCGACACUUCGACUGCAUCCAAAGUGCCAGUUUAAAAGUACAAAUCCUUUCUUUGGGCAUUAAAGGGCCAGAAACAGCAAUAUAAGCCUCCAGUAUGCCCACAUCAGUUCCUAGAAGGGCAAUACAUCCCAGGGCCAUAGUCGCAGGGCAGGAGGCAGGCAAGCAGGCCUCUCCAGGACAAAGUGGCGAAGGGCACUUUGUCACAGGGUGUAAAGUGUUUCUUAUUAAAAACUGGGUUUGUUUACUAAGCAGUUAAUUGUAAGGACUUGAAACCCAAAUUGUCAAAAUCAAGCUAAUUUCACCAAACUGUGACAACGACUAACACUUUGAAUUCUAAAUUUAGUAAUCAAAUCUGUAAAAUUUUAGAAUUUUAUGCGUGUCAAGCAGACAAAGGUGAAGGUGAAUCCAAUAUACUCAAAAUUCGAUGAUAAUACACUACUUGUUUUUUUUACCUAAAAUGUUCAUCCCCUAGAACAGGGAUGGGGAAUCUUCGGCACUCCAGAUGUUGUGGACUACAUCUCCCUUGAUGCUUUGCCAGCGUUAUGGUUGUAGGAGCAUUAUGGGAGAUGUAGUCCAAAUCAUCUGGAUGGCCAAAGGAUCCCUGCCCUAGAACAUCGUGUCAUGUACCUUUAAAUACCUUCCAAGAACAGGUCAGAGGUCCUACACCCUCCUUCAUCGAGGCUGGGAGGAUGCCUUAGAAUUUGUCCCUUCUGGCAAUGGAUCCACUCGAUCCUCACUCGAAUCUUAGACUAACCUCCACUUUUCCAUUCCUGUUCCACCACACAAAUACCACCACAGCUGACUUUAUUUGACAAAGAGUUUGAUACUUUCCUGGCCUAAACCAGCCCCUGUGGAGAUAUGGUGUUGACAAAUGCAGGAAUUGCGCUGCAUGACGAAAGAGAUCUUUACUGCGACUGGUAGAGAGCAGACAUAUGUGGUGAUCUGGUCGAAGCGCUAUAAUUUGAAUCUACCUAUUUUGUUGUCUGCCCCCUUCUGCUCAUUCCCCCUGUGAGUGUUUCAAUUAUGAGUUUUACUUACCUUUACCACCUUGCCGUGUUGGUCUCGCUGCAUCCCAUAUGGAAGCACUGGGAAGCUAGUCUACAUGCACGGCGAAUUGCCGCCCUGCUGCAAUCAAAUUCUCUUUAGGAGCAGCGUUUGUUGAGAACCAAGUUUUACUCCAUUCUGGAGAAGGAAGGGCCUCUAGUGGUUUGUCAGGAAGACCGUAACUAGAGGUGCGUUUAACCUUGCAAUUAAAAAAGUCUAUGUUUUAUGUUGCUGGAUUGAACCUAAAGGGCCACUGUACCCAGACCACUUCAUUGAGCUGAAGUGGUCUUGGUGCCUUAAGUAUUAAACAUCAACCCCUUUAGUUUCUAGACUUUUGAAGAUUUUAUUAUGCUAGGUUCAGCUGAGGGAAGGAACAUCAUUUGUAUCAUUAUUUUUUCUUUUUUUAACAGCUGAAAUGUUUGGGAGUCACUCCUGAUUCAUCCUUCAACACUCCGAAUUCCUUGAGGUUAGACUUUGAACAGAAACAGGAAUGGAUAGCUUCAAGAGCAAGUGUGGCCCUCUACAUUGCUGCCCACCGAGGCCACCUGGGUAUGGUACGAUACCUAUUGAAGAAUGGUAAGAUCAUUUCUACUAGUGUUUGAUUUUGCAUGUCUCCACAUGUAUCACAUUAGCUCCUUUUAAAGGAACAUUACAGGGUCAGGAACACAAACAUGUAUUAAUGACCCUGGAGUCUUAAAACCACCAUCUAUCCUUUACUCCAGUCUGCUGCUGUUGGCUCUGCCCCUGAUCUGCCUGCUUGGCUGACAUAAUCAGAAGUGGUGAUCUGAGCCAAUCACAAUGCUUUUCAUAGGAAAGCAUUGGAUUGGCUGAGAUUGUCAAGGAUGCGUAUCAGGGACAGAGCAGGCACAAGCCAAACACAGCCCUGCCUAAUCAGCACCUCCUCAUAGAGAUGCACUGAAUCAAUUCAUCUCCAUGAGGAAAGUUCAGUGUUUCCAUGCAGAGGGUGGAGACACUGAAUGUCAGUCACACUGUGCAGCACUGCCCCAGGAAGCACCUCUAGUAGCCAUAUGAGGAGUGGCCAGUGGAGGUAUCCCUAGGCUGUAAUGUAAACACUGCAUUUUUUUUUGUCUGAAAAGACAAUGUUUACAGCAAAAAGCCUGAAGGGAAUGAAUAUACUCACCAUAACACAUAAGCUGCAGUUGUUCUGGUGACUAUAGUGUCCCUUUAACGAAUUCAUACUUUCUAGAGCCUGGAAGAACAUAGAACGUCCCCCCGUGGGCAGCUUUGUCUGGGUUUUUUAAAGCUGUGAAUUAAUAUACUAAAUAGAAAAUUAAUUCCACACUGAUAUUCACAAACGGUAAAAGAAAAUUGAAAUAUUUCUUCACUGAUUGGUACUAAAUUUAAAAAUAUAUAUAUUUUUUAAAGGCAACAGAAAAAUGCAUAAAUAGAUGGAUCGAUAUUCCAUUACCAUCGGCGUAUUAAGUGGAUAGUAGUAUUUACCAUUUUAGUGGUACAUAGCUUCUUGUUUGAGCCUAGAGCUAUUGUUAAUAAACUAAUGAUCUCCAGUCUGGACUAUUGCAACACAUGUUUUUAUUAAUCUGUUGCAUAGUUACCUUGUCUUUUUCACUUAAAUGUUGUUUUCAGACUUUCCUUGUUUACCGGUUGCUGUUCUGAGACUGCAAAACUCACUUUGUCCCCUUACUGACUCACCGUAUUGUUUAGAAUUCAAUAGAGAAGACUGCUUUCAACCUGCCAAGCUCUUAUGCAAACGUCAUGGCAACCUGACCCUUCACUCCACUAACAAUAUCCGAAUGUCCUCUACUUGUAGUCCUGUCUCUAAAUCCAAUGUAUUUCACUGUAUUUUGUUUGUGGGUUUAUUUUCAGUCCCGCUGCCCACCUGCUUUUUUGGUAAAAAUGUAAGUUAAUUUUACAAAAAAAAUACAGAUUUAAUAGUUAAUAAAAGUAAGAUAUUAUUUGAGACACUUGCUGUAUUUUUACUAGGAUUAGGCAGCAUUCUGUUACUUAACCUGGUUAUUAAAGGGACACUAUAGUCACCAUAACCACUACAGCGUAAUGUAGUUGUGCUGGUGUCUAUAGGCUGUCCCUGCAGGCUCAGCAAUGUAAAUGCCUUUUCAGAGUGGCAAGACCAGAGGGGUCUUGAUGGGGUAAAGUAAAGAAAAAUACGGGUUUAUGCCAUUCCGAAGGGGGCCAGUAACCUAAACAGGUACCCCAGCACUAUAGUGUUAUGAAUAUAUGUUUCUAUACCUAACACUAUAGUGUCCCUUUAAGUAGAAGAGGUGUACCUCUUUAAGAUUAUGUAUUGGUUUAAAAAUAUAUAUAUUUUUAUAUAUAUAUAUUUAAACCUUAUAAUAGUACUGUGUGGAAAUUGCUCAAACUUUAUUUAAUCGUAUUUUCUAAGGCCAUCACAGAGCUACGUCAAAGAGAUUUGGAGUUAUUUUGAGACUAAAGGCCCUCUGAAAUAGAACCUUCAAUUGCUCUAAUUUUGUUUUCACAAUUUUUUACAAAAUAAUUAACAUCUCCCAAAACAUAUAUUUGAAAAAAAAAUUUAGUUUUAACAUUGAUGAUUUAUAGGCAAAAUCAUGGGUCUAUUAUCAUACAGUCUCUUUAAAGGAUAUAAAGAUAUGAUGACACUAAAUUCAGAACCUUAAAGCUUAUGUUGAAAUUUAACAAACAACCAGUCGUACACAGAUGAAUGUUAUGCUCUUCAUAAGAAAUCCAAUGAAAACCACAAGUUUAUAGACAUUUCAAAUGUGGAUAUUUGUCUAAGCAUUGGUUAUAUCUAUAUUCUUAAGUGUCAGUUGUUGGUACCUCAAAAAAGUGGGUACCUCAAAAAAAAACAAAAAAACUUUCAAAGUAGAACAAUCUGAAUUGAAAUGGACAUGAAUAAAGGCCCCUGUACCCAUCAAUGUUGGGAGGCUAAUGAGAGCUUAAAAUGGGAACUGCCACUCUCGAAAGUGUCAUUUUAUCAGAUUGAGGCACUGCGGCAGUAUUCCAGAUGUUUGUGAAAUCUUCUCCCAUGUAAUGGAUGAGGAGUGUGCGGAGAAGUACAUUUCCUGUCAGAGUAUCCCAGUUGAAAUAAUUGUGUCCCCAUCCCACAGCCCAAGUGAUGUUUGAACUGGGUGGGCAAUAUGACUCGGUUUGUCUUAUACCCUCCACCAUGUAUUGAGUGUAGGGCAUUGGGGGGGGGGGACACUGGACUUGCCACCCACUAUAAAAAGUGCUAGCACACCUCAGAGGUUUAGCGUUGGAAUAAGUGUACAGAAAUUCAUAUUUUUCAAGUGUUGAUGGAAGAAACCUCUAUGCUUACCUAGAUUUGAAUAAUAUUCCAAGGCAAUUUGUAUGAAUUUUUUAUUAUACUCGCAAUACAUUAAAAAGAAAACGGUUGUGCUAUCUUGUUAUGUCCAUUUAAUCAUUGGAUAGUCUACUUUGAGUUGAUCCUUUCUGUGUUCAUCUUGUAAUGGUUUUAUGUUGUAUUUGUGAGUCAUUCUGGUGCCAGUUUACUGUAAUUUGGUGUCAUUUCAGGUGCCAACAUACUAGCCAAAACCCCACUGGGGAACAGCGCUUUACACGUGGCAGCAGCUAUGGGAAAUGUUGACUGCAUUAGCGAACUUUUAGCCUAUGGCGCUCAAACCAAAGACACUAAUAACGAAGGGCUCACGGCACUGAACCUGGCAAGCAUUUGGGGACAAAAAAAGGUUGAACGCCAUUUAUUCCUUUUCCAGUGGAAAGAGAGAGCAGCCAGCGUGAAAAUUAAGGCCCAUCUGGAUCCAUCUGAGCUUUUCGCUCAUCAAAAGUUUGAUUCAAAGCUAAAAUCCUGGCGAUGUGGCUCUCAAGCCAAACGUUACAUGGCCAAUCUGGUACAUCACAAAGACUUUGAAGGUACAGCGAUUAACGCUCCCAAAAAACAGACUGAUGGCAAAGCAAAGAUCCGCAUAUUCAAAGGAAAUACCACCAAACUGCAAUCUGACAGAUCGUAGUAGGACCGACAACAUACCCCAAAAGGACAGAAGGUUUUACAGUAAAUAUUUUACCACAACCACACCACGUUCAAGCCAUAGAACAUAGAAACAUGUUCCAUCGUUUUAAAACUAUCUAGAUUUCAAAUUUUGAUAAAUAAAC